GUCACUGCCGGUCAGGUCCAGUCAAGGUGCCAGCAGAAGGGAAAGGUGUGCCACACGCAGAGGAAGCAGUAGCAGACGACAGAACUCUAGACAGUCGGAGCAGACAAGACAGUUGAUAGAACAGCCUAGUAGACAUUUGAUAGAACAGCCAAAUAACCCAUCAAACCAGCAAGAAACAUGGAACUUUCUUCAUCAUAUUGCUUCGCCCUUUUCGUGGCUGCUACAUGUUUAUCUCUGGUCAACUCCCUACCUGCUCGGACGGAUGAAGUUUUACAGGAAGCAACAGGUCUAGUUAUGGACAAAAGGCCGAAGUACAUGGACACACGCAGAGAUCUGGACGUCUUUAAAGAUCUGGUCCUCAUGAGCAUCCAAGAGUUGGUGGAUGAAGAGCGCCUGACUGCCUCCAUUUUGCCAGAGGAAGAGGCACCUAAGGCCGUGGAGAAGAGGGAGAGAUACAUGGGGAUAUGCAUGCGGAGACAGAACUACAACUUUAUCCCAGUCCCCUGCAUGCGGAGUGGUAGGUCGCUAAAGAAGUCCUUGUCAAGACGUAGCAGGGGCUGACACGUCAUCCCUUAGAUCGUCUGCAAAGACUCAGGAAAACAGAAAACCUGCAACUUAUUCCAAACUUUCCAAAUAAAUCUGCUCAAAAAUUUUAACGUUCGAAUUCGGAAAAAAAAAAUUCUGAAAAUUCAUUUUUUUUGUGGACGUCACUGAAAGCUUUUGUUUACACUAUUUCAUUCCUCAUCUGUAUGUUUGCUUAUAUGCUGGUUUAAUCGUUUCUUUUCAGAGAAGAAAAAAAACAACGUUUAAAAACUUCAGGCUAAAUACCGAAAUAUAUGCUGUACAUUUGGAAACAGCGCGGAAAAAAAGCAUAGAUUUUAUUGUAAAAUGUUUUGGGUUUGAAUAUUAUUUUUUUAAUUGCUAAAACAUUUCUUUGGCUAAAAAAAAUAAAUAAAACAGCCCCAACUGUGAAAAGCAUUUUCGUUGAAGCAGAGUGGUUUUGUCUGAAUUCUGUUUUGCUUAAAGAUUAUUUGAAUAUUCAAAUAAAAUAAAAAAAUAAAUUCUU